UUGUUGUCACGGUCACAUGCUCAAGUCAAGCUCGAUCAGCUGACUGCAUCCCUUCCCUUUUGAUGGAUAGAUUUCCCUUCCUCAAUUGAAGGAUUUCGGGUUAUUCAGACGGUUCGACGUCAAUUGCAAAGACAAAACUGAAGGUAGCAUAGUGAGAUAGUCCGGAAAAUAUCGUGGUUUGGGUGAUCAUGAACGGACACGCCAUUCUUUACACCGGGGUCACUUUGGCCUUCUGGAGUACCAUUCUCAUCGUCGGUAUUUGCUAUACGAUCUUCGACCUUGGAUUCCGGUUCGAUGUGGCAUGGUUUUUGACAGAAACCUCGCCUUUCAUGUGGGCGAACCUUGGGAUUGGCUUGGCCAUCUCGCUCUCUGUUGUUGGAGCUGCUUGGGGCAUUUACAUCACAGGUUCCAGUAUCAUAGGAGGUGGUGUAAAAGCACCACGGAUUAAAACAAAGAAUCUGGUCAGCAUUAUCUUCUGUGAGGCCGUAGCCAUCUAUGGGAUCAUCAUGGCAAUCGUUAUAAGUAACAUGGCUGAGAGCUUUAGUGGCACUACACCAGAGACCAUUGGGGCAAGGAACUACCAAGCAGGAUACUCCAUGUUUGGCGCUGGUCUUACUGUGGGAUUCUCCAACCUCUUCUGUGGCAUCUGUGUUGGCAUCGUUGGUAGUGGGGCCGCCCUGGCAGAUGCUCAGAACGGCAGCCUUUUUGUUAAAAUCCUUAUUGUGGAAAUCUUCGGCAGUGCAAUUGGGCUAUUUGGAGUGAUUGUGGCCAUCUUGCAGACGUCGAAAGUAAAAAUGGGUGACUAGAAGAUUCAAGAUGACAAGAUCAAUGGAAGACAAGGCUGGACAAGCAGAUGAAUUGUGUAAAUACAUAGUAAAUUAUUUAAAUGUAUUUUUUGUCUGAUUGUUUUUAACCAUAAUUUGCUGAAGAGUGACAUAUUUGCACCAUUUUGUCUUAAAGGAAUGCAGCCAAAUGGUUAGAUUAAACUGCAGGUGUUUAAGACAAAACCCUGUCCCUUUUGAAUACAAUUGGUCUUCAUAGUAUAGUGGUAUAAUUAAUCUUGUAUCAAAUCUAUCACAAUUGAAAGGGCCACUAGACAUUUAGGGAAUGUACUUCGUAGUAGGGACAUUUUAUCAAAAUAUAUUUGAUUUCAUUAACAUCUGUACAGUAUAGGAUUUGUUACCCGUGAGCAAAUCAUGGAAUGCCACUAUUUAACAUCUAAGGUACCCAAGUUUGGUUUGGCACGCAUAUGGUUUCUCUGGUGGUGGACAUGCUUGCUGUUCCGUAAAGAGCUGUUCUGUUCAUUACAUGGAAGUGAAACAUUUCAGCAAUGUCGUAAUUUGUAUUGAAUGCCUGUAAAAAUGUGUUUGAACUGUUUGUAUGCAAAAGUCGUAAUGUAUAACAAAGCAAAUGAUUAUAUUUAUGACUGAUGUAAUCCAUGUUUUUCCACUUGUUUCAGUUACAGUAUAUUUUCCCAUGACUGGUGUAAGUAACCUUUUCUGUAGUAACACAGAAUGAAUCAGUAUGUGUGGGGACAAGGGUGCGCCAAGGAGAUAUUACACUGAAAUAGUAAUUGUUGUUGGUCGUUUGACAGUGGUCGGCUGUCAUUAUUCAGUCUUUUGUUUUGAUGUAUGCAUAACAUUUUGGUAGGCACUCUUCAGUCCUGAUUGGUUAAACAUUUGAAUUGUAAAUUGUUGUGUGUACAGUAUAUAUAAAGGGCACAUGUCUGUUUCUUUGAAGCAUGGGGGUGUUUACCAUUCUGAUGCAAGUGGUCUUUAUCCACGGUGAGUGAACUGUUGCUGAUGAAUAUAAGUAUUAUCUGAUUUCAAGUGACCAUAGAUAAUGUCUGUUUUCUCCUUCUCAGGUCUGUAAUCCCCUGUAAACUAUCCAUCUGUGGAGAGUGAAAUGUAGAUGUUUUCCUCAAGACCAUUUUUCCCGUGUCAGUGUUUCCCCUUUAUUCAUUUAGCAGCGGCGCACCGUAGAGAUUUUGUAAUGUAGAUAUAUAACCCCAAGACGACACCCUGCUCCCACUACCUCUUCCGCCGCUGCUGAAGACCCCCCACCCACUACUUCUGCCACCACUGCUGAAAAAUCUUAGGGGAAACACUGCGUGUGCAUUUUCUGCUUUCCUUCUGUUUUUUUGGUCAUUUUGAGCUUGAAUGAUCUGAGCUCCUUGUCUUUCGACUGCUGUGAAUGGGCUGAUAUGCAUACUCUUUUGGAGAGAUGGUACUCGAGCAGAACAUCGAUAAGAACUUUCCCAGACCAGUUGGCCUUUUACUUAGUUGUGAUUUUGUUUGUCUUUAGUUUUUUUUUUGUCCAAUGAGUUACGGUGUUACUGAUAAAACAAUUAGCUUGAGCCCUUAACUUAAAAAUAACCCUAUAGUCUGUCAUAAGCUGACUUCCAAUUUAAUGUUCAAAACGUCCAACUUGCUGUGACCAUGGGUUUGUCCCAAGUGAGCCCUUUGGGCCCUGGUCAAAAGUAGUGCAGUAUAAGUAAUAGGGAUGCAUUUAUGACUGUAUACUUAUGGGGGUCUCCAACUGAGUGUUCGAUCCUGUCCUCACCAACCGUACAUGUAUGUAUCUAUUUAUUAUAUUAAAAAUGUAUGUAAAAGUUAAUGGUAUUUAUCCAUGUGUAACGGAUGUGAAAUGGCUAGCUAGUUAGCGGGUGCGCGCUAGUAGCAUUUCAAUCAGUUACGUCACUUGCUCUGAGACUUAAGUAGUGUUGCCCCUUGCUUUGCAAGGGCCUCGGCCUUUGUGGAGCGAUGGGUAACGAACGCUGCUUCGUGGGUGACUGUUGUCGAUGUGUGCAGAGGGUCCCUGGUUCGCGCCCGUGUCGGGGCGAGGGGACGGUUUAAAGUUAUACUGUUACAUUGAUGCUGUUGACCCGGAUCACUGGUUGCUGCGGAAAAGGAGGAGGUUGAAAGGGGGGUGAGUGUAACGGAUGUGAAAUGGCUAGCUAGUUAGCGGGUGCGCGCUAGUAGCAUUUCAAUCAGUUACGUCACUUGCUCUGAGACUUAAGUAGUGUUGCCCCUUGCUUUGCAAGGGCCGUGGCUUUUGUGGAGCGAUGGGUAACGCUGCUUCGUGGGUGACUGUUGUCGAUGUGUGCAGAGGGUCCCUGGUUCGCGCCCGUGUCGGGGCGAGGGGACGGUUUAAAGUUAUACUGUUACACAUGGAGAUGAAAGAUUGUUUGGCUGGUCCCUAUGGCAAAAGGCCCAAAAAGAUCAUUUGAAAUAGUAUUUGGUGUGGGUUUCAUACAUUGAUUCAGCUUUGUUCAUUACUUUUGAGCAUUUCUAAAUGGACCUUUGGUGUAAUACUCGGGUUGGCCAUCCUGGUCUUGGAGAGUUCAGUGCUGAAUGGUUUAACUUGAAUGGAUAACAUUUGGAUUGUAAGUCCAACUGUUGUUGGUUUAAAGGUAUGCUGCUUGAGAUGGCCAUGAAUGCACAUGGCUUACAUUGAGGCCCUCUAUGUCCUUGGUUGGCCACCUACUGUAGUGGUGUCAUUCCUAAUGUAAAUGAAGUUUUCUAGAUCAUACUUCAGUGAGUGUUUAAUAUGUUGAUGUGGUGAAUCCAUUGUUUUGACAUGUAAAAGUGGGUCCUCUUUACUUCAUAAUUGUCCUUGAAAGAAUAAAUAUUCCAACCUGA